GUUAAAGCGGACACUGCUGCAGAGAAAGAAAAGCAGCAGAAGGAAAGUGUCAAUGGAGAAGAAGACAAAAAGGUACUCAUUCAUUCAUUCAGUUCCUGCUAAGCGAUCGGGUAGAAAUCAGAAACGGAAGCCAGAAGAUAAUGAUGGAGAGGACUCGGGAGAACCUAAGCCUAAAAUAAAAGCUAGAGCUUCCAUUGUAGACAGCUUGGCUGGCAUAGACUUUUCAGCCCUGGCUAAAACAAAGGAUGGAAAGGUGGCCAAUUUCAAAAUUGCUUCUUGGAAUGUAAACGGGCUGAGAGCCUGGCUUGAAAGGUCGUACAUACACCCAGACUUCUGGUUGUCCGGAGACAAGGAAGGUUACUCUGGUGUUGGACUCUACUACAGGACCAGUCCACUCAAUAUCACAGAAGGCAUCGGCAUUAAGAAGCAUGAUGAAGAAGGCAGAGUUAUAACAGCCGAGUUUGAUAAAUUUUUCCUUGUCAAUACAUAUAUUCCAAACUCAGGUCGCGGCCUGCCAAGGUUGGAUUAUCGAACCAAAGAAUGGGAUGUUGACUUUAGAAACUACCUGAAAUCUCUGGACAAGAAGAAGCCAGUAGUUUGGUGUGGAGACCUCAAUGUGGCACAUCAUGAGAUUGAUUUAAAGAAUCCCAAAGGAAACAAAAAGACAGCAGGGUUCACAAUAGAAGAAAGAGAAUCUUUUACUGUCACCCUUAGUGAAGGCUUCAUUGACUCGUUCCGUUACCUCUACCCUCACCAGGAGGGAGCCUACACUUUCUGGACACACAUGAUGAAUGCUAGAGCCAAGAACACAGGAUGGCGUUUGGACUACUUUGUGCUGUCCGAGCGACUCAAGGACAACCUUUGCGACAGUAUCAUCCGCAGCCAUGUUCUGGGUAGUGAUCACUGUCCUAUCGUACUACAGUUGGCGCUGUAG